CUUCCCCAUUGUGUUCUGUUGCGUCGUGUAGACGGAUGUGAUUUCUGAUAUUUUGCUCUUUUGCAUUCGAUAUUUGAUCAUCUCCAUUCUCCCGCAUGCGAAGCCGCAGUCGCUUGGCUGCACGCCAGCUUCAGGGCAUAUUCCCUUCAUGGUAGCAGAUCAUGAACGAUUCUAGCAUGGUAACAAGCAGUAGCGUGUGCCACACGAGCACUUGAACUUGACCUUUGACGACAGUGAUUUCAUCUGAUGAUGUUCAUAUUGCUGAAACUCGGACCCGAAUAUUGUGGUAGGGAUGGAGAAAAGCCAAGCCUUGCGACUACCCCAACCAUAUGAACCCUCGCACCAUGCGGAAAACCGACAAGAAUUUAGAAUUCCGGAUACGUCGGAAUUCGGAUUACGUCCGAAGCAACCCACAGGGAUUAAUGAAGGAUUGUCCACCAUCGACGCACGCAGCCCGACUGCAAUCGACAACGGAUCCAUCUUCCGUGCGAUUGCCAACGAAAAAUCCAGCAGAGAAGGCACGACCAAAAAUGCUGACCUUUUCAUCACGCAGAAAAUGGCGCUGCGCGCUAGAAUACUGCAAAUUUCCUGGUGCGACCUGGAUCUGUUGAAAUGUUGCUUCCACUUGUUAAUAAAAAUAAGCGGGAUUAUCUCCGCCAAUCGCGUCUUUGCUGGGUUGUCUGAAAUUUUUGUUGCGGUUGAAAUAUGGCCGGGAAGUGCUGCAGAAAGUAAAAUUGAACAACAUUGCUACAACAUCCUGGAAACUACGACUACGAUUGUUGCAGUCGUAGUUCCCAUUUUAAGGCUACGAUUUGUUGUACAGCUUUUUCUUACAACUGAAGUAUGGACCAAGCAUAAGUUGAAAGAGCGAUGACCAAACAAUAGCGUCUGGGUCAACACCAGGAUACAGCAUAGGUGUGACGCAGGCAGCAGACAGAUGCAGCUGAUAGCCGAUUUCGUCACAGACUCACAACAUUGAUUACGAUAAUAGCGUUACGCUCCUGCAGAUGCGUUAUAAACAAGGCCAUAUAAAACGGA